UUUAUUUUCAAAAGUGUUUUGUGAAAUUGUGUUUGUAUAUGUAUGCAAAUUACUGUACGGAAAAAAUGAUGUUAAUAAUCAUACUUGUAACCAUACUGAUCUUCCUAUUGACUUACACAUUUUGGAAGAAUAUGGACCUCCCGCCAGGCCCGUGGGGAUUACCCGUGCUGGGAUACUUACCCUGGAUCGAUUCUAAAGCUCCAUAUUUAACAUUUACCCAACUUUCGAAAAAAUAUGGAUCUAUUUAUGGUUUAUCUCUGGGAAGCAUUUAUACGGUGGUUGUUACGGAACCAAAAGUCAUCAAACAUCUCUUUUUUAAAGACGCCACCAUUGGUAGGGCGCCACUUUACUUAACCCAUGGGAUAAUGAAAGGAUAUGGUCUAAUUUGCGCCGAAGGAGAGCUAUGGAAGGAGCAGAGGCGAUUUGUCCAUCACUGCCUGAGAGAAUUUGGGGGGUCCAAGAUAGGUUUCCAGAGGAAAAAGAUGGAGGCUCUCAUUAUGGAAAAUGUCAUGGAUUUUGUCAAUUUUGUCGAAAGUCAAGGAGACAAAUCCACACUAGAUCCACUUGAACCACUACGCCAUAGUUUGGGUUCAGCUAUGAACAUCUUGGUAUUUGGCAAGUCAUGGAGUAGAGACGAUAAAACUUGGAAGUGGUUGCAACAUUUGCAGGAAGAGGGCACUCAGCACAUUGGCGUAGCAGGGCCUCUCAAUUUCCUGCCAUUUUUGAGGUUCCAUCCGAAAUUCGGUAAAACAAUGGAUUUCUUAAUCAGCGGCAAGCUGGAAACGCACAAAGUUUAUAAAAAAAUCAUCCAAGAACAGGCUGAAUAUUUGAAAAAUCGUGCUCAGGGCGAUUCUAGCACCGAUACCAACAGUAUUACCAACAUUACCCAAGCUUUUCUUGCAGAAAGGGAGCGCAGAAAAGAUGAACCAGAGAUUCUUGAAAAGUUUUAUAACGACCAACAAUUUUAUCAUCUCCUGGCUGAUAUUUUCGGAGCUGGUCUCGAUACUACCCUCACAACUCUAAGGUGGUACCUCCUGUAUUUGGCAAAGAACCCUGCCAUCCAAAGAAAUAUCCGCAUAGAAAUCCAUGACGUCCUUCAAAAUAACCUUCCCACCAUAGAGGAUAUCGCUCAUUUACCCUUAGUUGAGGCCUCCAUAUACGAAGCCCAAAGGAUCAGAUCUGUGGUGCCAGUAGGCAUUCCACACGGUGCUACUGAGGAGGUCGAGGUUGACGGCUUUAGGAUACCUCAAGGAAGCAUGAUAGUGCCACUGCAAUGGGCAGUACAUAUGAACGAAAAUAUGUGGCCAGAUCCGGAGAAGUUUGACCCUAGUAGGUUCAUAAAUGAGGAAGGAAAGGUAGUGAGGAACAGCUAUUUCAUGCCGUACCAGAUUGGAAAGCGUAUGUGUGUUGGAGAUGAAUUAGCUAGGAUGAUGUUGUAUCUGUUUGGAGCAACGAUUCUCCAAAAGUUUUCCGUGGAAUUAGAGGAUGAACAUGUAGAUCUCAUAGGUGUAUGUGGAAUAACUCUCACACCAAAUUCUCACAAAUUGAUAUUUUCUAAAGUUUCCUCUAAAUGAAUCAAAAUUUUCUCUACCUGUCUUUUGUACUUAAAAAAAAGUAUUAGUAACUUAGUGUUCAUUUAUAUAUU